AUGUCGACGACCAACGGUGUCUCAACACCGGCAUCGCCGACGAACGAGCAGUGGGAAGAGUUGUGCAAAGACGUGAAGGAGUCGCUGCUCGAAGAGAUGGGCCAGGAGAGCUGGUAUAUCAUCAUUGCCACCGUCAUCACGGUCUCGCCACGACCGCAACUCCUCGCCGACUUCUGGACGUAUAUCAUCACCCACGACACGGCCUUCUCGACGCCUGAAUCGCAAACCCGCCUGUCGGACCGGCUGCGAGACACCCUCCUCAAGCAGAUCGUCUUGAUUGGCGCGCCGCAAGUUCUCUCGGCGCUGAUUCCCCUCGCGCAGAGGCAGACCGAGGGCAAAGGGGAGCAAGAGCGGGGCGAGUUGGACCUGCAGCAGUGGUCCAACAUCACGCUCCCGUCCCUACACGCCCGGGGUAUCGAAGCCAUCACCUCCAUCUACGGGUCCCUGUGGCCGCGCAUCUUCCAGACCUUCGGCCCGCACCGUCCCCAAAUGGGCAUCCACGAGAUCGCCAUCGUCUACGGACUUUACCUGGGCGACUUCUCCUCCCUGACACCGCUUGAAACGGAGCUCGUGGCCUUCACGAGCAUCACGUGCCAAGGGCUCAGGGGCCCGAGCCUGUGGCACGUGCGUGGACUGGGCAGGGUGUUGGGCGCGAGGGGCAACGAUGACGAAAAUCCCAAGAUGAGGCGGAUCAAAGACGUGGUGCGCGGCGUCAAAGUUGCGGUUGCGAGGGGUGUUGAGUUUUGUGGUUCUGAGAUGGUUGUGAGGAGUGGGUUGGAUGCGAGUGAUGGUCGGGGAGGGUGGCCGAAUGUUGGAGAUGUCGGAAGGGAGUUGGGCGGAUGGGGCGAUGAUGCUUGA